CCAAUCCAAUAUAUCUGAACCCUCACCAAUCACAUUCAUCGACUGAUCUGUGAGAACGAACGAUUAUGAAGACACGACGACUUUGAAUUUUUCUCUCAGCCUCUCAUUGUCUCACUCUCAUCUCUAUGAGCACUCGAUAUGGUGCCACCUGCGUCACUUUUCUUUUCUUCCAUCGAUACCAUCAGUGGAAGCCAAAUCCCAAUUUAUCAAAUUAUGAUUACUUCAGUCUCAAAUUAUACCUCAAUGUCCUCUCUCGUCCCUAUAGGUUGCCACUGCUACGGAGGCACACAAGUUAUGAAGAAUUCAAGUUCAUUUCUUUCCCCACUUAAAUGCCCCAUGGUAAGCACAUUUUACAGAAUGCACCUGAUGGGUUCAUUCGUGAAGGUAAUUGAUAUAAAUUUGAUGAUGGAAAAAGAAAAAAAUGAAGGACUUGCAAUUCUUUGGCUUACUACUGGAUUACUGCAUAAAAAAGGACUUGCAAUUGUUAAGAGCAAUGACGGUUGGGGUGAGCAGCACAUGACACUAAAGCUUGGUACAAAGGCAUCCUGAAACAUCAUUAAUUUCAAUGUGAAUUAGAUGAAGAAAAGUUGGUUAUGUUUUUCAAUAGCAUGCUCGUAUUUUUUACAUUAUGUAUUCAAGUGUAUAGAAGAAUAUUCAUGCUUCACAUUAUGUAUUCAAAAAUUUGUAAUGAAAUUAUCAAUUUUUAUACAAUUUCAAAAUUUGUCAUUUUCAA